GGCGGACACACAACAGUCGCUCCGUGCUGCUCCUCCUCGCCCUCGCCCAAUCGUCCCUACUAUAAAAAUGUCCUCCCUCGCGUCUUCCCACCACCGCGACUAGUCUCCCCCAUGUCUCCCUCCUCCCCUCCCCUCGCCGUCUCCGACCUCCCCCUCGAACUCAUCCUCGCCGUCUUCUACUGGUGCACCCUCGCUUCCCCCGACGCCCCGCUCACAAUCAGCUCCGUCUGUCGCAGAUGGCUCCAGCUCGCACGCUCCUCCCCCGAGCUCUGGACUCGCCUUGACCUCCACUUCCACUCCCUCCCACACAACCCCGACCCUGCCCAAGGCAAACAUUCUCUCUCGCACGCCGUCCAGAAGGCUACUGCCUGGUUCGACAGAUCAGGCAUAGCGUCCCUGGACGUUCAAAUCACCAUCCGCAACCCCGCUGCUCGCCCGUGCAGGCGCUCUCCCUCUCCCUCGCCCUCGCCCUCGCCCUCGCCCUCUUCACCCAUCACCAUCCCCUCUGACUCGCCCCUCGCCUCCCUAUUUCAAACACACAUCCACAGGAUCCGCACACUCGUGGUCCACGCCCCUUCAGAGGCAGGCAUACAGCCCUUGAUCCGCCCCUUUCACUUCCCCGAGCCGGCGCCGGCGGACGAUUCCCCGCGAUCCUCUCUGCUCGAGCUCGAGCUCGAGGCUACCGACGAUUCUCCUCCGGCCCACCCUCCACUCACUGAUUCCGCCGUCGCCACCCUUCCCUUCGUCACCCCAAAACCCAUUUCUGUUCACCUCACUAAUCUUGCUGUCCCAUCUACAUGGCUCAACCUAGAGUCCCUUGCCUCUCUCACGGUCACUCACCCCAUCCUCGCCCCUCCUCUCUCUCUCACCCACAUUUUUGCUCUCCUCGAAAAAUCUCCCGCCCUCCAGUACUUCUCCCUCCACUCUCGCAUCUUCGAAGCUCCCGCCGCGUCCUCCCUAUCUCCCAUUCGCACCCUCUCCCUCCCGCACCUCCACUCCCUCCACCUCACCCUCAACAACACCAUCGACGUCCUCCUUGCCCUCCGCACCCCCACCCUCUCUACCCUCUCCAUCACCGACCUCGAUGGCCGCGCACCGUGGACAGGCCGCGCCCUCAAGGCCUUCCUCACGUCCCGCCCACCUCUCAAACACGUCAAGUUUGAGCGUCUCCUCGGCAUCGAGCACGGCACUUGGGAGUGGUGCCUGGCACGUCUCCCGCUCCUCGAGGGCGCCUCGUUGGCCUACUGCGAGCGGGGCGAAUACAUCGUCGCCGCCCUGGCACGACGGCCCGGCGACAAGCCCGAGCCGCAGUCACUCGCACGCGCACGCGCAGAACCCACGGAGCUCUGUCCCGGCCUUCGACAUCUUUCGCUCGUGCAGUGUCCCGGAGUCUACGACUCGAUUCUGCCCUGGUUCCGGACCAUCCGGCCGCAGCUGCGCAUGGAUGUCGUCAACUGCUCGGACGCAGAAGACGAAGAAGGCGGAUGGGAGGGGUGGGAUGGGCUGGCUUCGCGCGGUUGGGGGGUGCACCUGAGAUAGACACGGACGUAGGCCGGUCCCGCCUGCCUGUAUCGAUCGCGUGCGAUCACCAUCGGAAAUACAGUACUACCCCCUGUUCAA